UCAUUGUGUGGAAACAUACACUGAUGACAAAUAAAGCACCCCUUUACCUUUUAUUUAAAUCUUAUUUAAAGAUUAGUUAGAACCGUCAGUUAAAUAUAGUUUUUAUUUUUUGUGUUCCACAUUUAUCUUCACCUUAAAGCAAACAUUAAUCCUCCAGCAGCAGCAGGACUCUAAAUGUAAUAAUUUCCUGUGUGUCAGCUCAGAGACCAGCAGGGGGCAGUCUAACACAAGCAGCUGCCACUGAAGACAGACCAACAUCUUUAUGUACAGGAUGAAACAUCCAGACCGGGCCUCUGAACCAGGUCCAGAACCGACUCCCUACAGGACCUCCUCGAUCCGUCCAACGUGCAGAAACACACCUGCAGCAGGAGUUCACMUUCCAGAUGAAAGGGAGGAUCCUGUUGUUUAAAACUCACUCAGGAAGAAAAAGUUCUGCAGAGCUGCAGAGAGAGGCGCUGAGGAGGGAACACACGAAGCUACACAACUGCAACACAACAGCACUGUUGUUCUCACACACACACACACACACAGACACACACACACAGACACACACACACACACUGGACUCUGGACCACUUCAGGAUUUACCUCCAGGGAUUGUCUUCCCCAUCAUGCACCAGCUGCAGGGGGCUUCGAGCCCACAGACUGCCCAGGAUGGACCCUCCACCUGGUGCUUGAGGCUGAGGAUGGAACCUGGACCCGGGUCCUGGUCCUGGACCCUGCUGCUGCUGCUGGGUCUGGGGUUCCUGCUGGUUCCUGGAGCCUGGAGCUUCCUGACCGACGAGCAGGAGGAGCUGCUGGUGGAGCUCCACAACUACUACAGAGGACAGGUUUCACCCACCGCCUCGGCCAUGCUGCCCCUGAAAUGGGACUCGGGCCUGAAGCUGAUCGCUGAAGCUUACGCUGCUAAAUGCAUCUGGAACCACAACCCGGAGCUGGAGGAGACCGGGGAGAAUCUGUACGCCGGCACCGGGGCUCUGGACCUCCGAGUGGCCGUGGAGAAAUGGUUCAUGG